UCUAAUUUCCUUAUUUUCUUUAUAUCUCUUUUUGCCCUUUACUAUUCUCUUUCUCUCUCCCUCUCUCUCUCCCCCUCUCGCUAUUGCUUUUCUUUGAGAACUCGAUCGACGGGCUCGCCGCUCUUCGGAUCGAAUUCCGACCAGACAGAAACCCUAAAAGCCCCAAACUUCAUAGAUUCAACAAAGAAGCUUUUUCUUCUGCGAGGAUUCGAUACCAAGAGACUCCGCUCUUGCCGUCGAUUGUAUUCCUUGUGUGGGCAAAUAAAUUAGGGUUUUGUUUCCGGCCAUCGUCGUGGUAAUCAUUGUCGAUUAGAUUCGAUUUGGUCAUCGCCGAUUCAGGUUCUUUAUUUGUCUUUUGCUCCACUGCUUAUCCAUUUAUUCGAUCCGAAUAGUCUUCUCGUUUUUUUUUUUUUUGUUCUUUUUUUUUUGUGUAAAAUUUGCAAACCCUAGUUUUGAUCAGGUUAGCUUAGGGGUAAAAAAGAAAAGAAAAAAAAAAAAGAAAUUUGAUUGAUUCUUAUGUUGUAGAUAUAUUCGUUUAGGGCAUCGUUUUUAUUCCAUUCUAGCUAAUUUCAGGUUCUUCGCAAGAAACUCUGUGAAAUUUUUGGUGCGUCGUUUUAGUUUGCCAUCCGAAAUCGAGGGUUUUUCUUGUUAGAUCUCCCGGGAAAUUUUCCCUUUUCUUUUGUUUUUGCAAUUAUUUUUUAUUUUUAAACCUUGUGUUUUUCGGAAAAAGACUCAAAGAAAUCUAGGGUUUGGUCAUAUAUUCUGUAAAGAGAGAUUGGGAUAAGGUUUAUAUAUACAAUGGCCUUGAACUUUUCGCAUCGACCAAUCUUUCCUGCGCAUCUGGCCGAGGACAAUUUGGUUUCGCCCAUUAGGAUUGCUAAUGGUUAUCUUGUCGAGGGUCUCCCGGAGAAGAAUGGAGAUGGGUUCGGCAAGUCUUGGCUUUCGAACCGGGAAGUUGAUGAUCCAUUUGAUUAUGGGAGGGACAGAUGUGAUAGGAGUGGCUCACAGGAGUCGGUAUCAAACGACGUUCUUGAUCUUUUGCCUUCAGAUCCCUUUGGUAUGGAUAUAAGUACCACUUUUACAGCAAUCACUGGUUGGCUUGAAGACUUGGAGGUUGAUUAUGGUGGUUUUGGUGGGUAUGGUGGGGAUGAGGUUGGGGCAAGCAAUGAUAGCUAUCAGUUAUUUGCAGGGUUGAAUUUUAUUUGGAACAAUGCUAUGAGAUUCCAGGCUUUCCCUGGGACUAUGGAGGUUGAUAAUAAGUCCAAUGUGGCAAGUGGACUUGGUGGGUGUUCAGGGAUGAAGGAAGUUCGUGAUGCUUCCUGCCAUGGUCAUUUUGGAUCAGAUUGUAACAUGGAUGACAUUCUAGGUUUGGGAAAUGAAACUUUUGGAGUUGCUGGCCAGCAAGGUGAAGAUUGUUGGGAGGGCAAUGGGAUUUGUUCCGAUGGAGAUAUAGGAGCUCCUCAUGCAGCUUUCAAUUUAGCCCUUGGUUAUGUGAGUGAGCGGGAUCUCCUUGUUGUUGAAACUGUGUGUAGAUCUCUGCGCUCUACAGUUCGAGGUGACCCUCUUUUGUGGAGGAGUAUACACAUUGAUCAACCUUUGAAUGAGAAGAUCACUGAUGAUAUUCUUUUGCAAUUAACUAAUAGAGCUCAAGGUAGUCUCCAAUGCUUGAGCCUGGUGGAGUGCACAAAGAUCACUGAUAAUGGUCUGAAACGCGUGCUUGAAAGUAAUCCAAGGCUUACCAAGUUGAGUGUGCCAGGAUGUACAAGACUCAGUAUUGAAGGUAUUGUGAGUUGCUUGAAGGCUUUCAAGUCUGUGGGUACUCCUGGAGUGAAGCAUUUGCGAAUUGGUGGACUUUAUGGUGUGGCACACAAGCAUUAUGAAGAGUUGAAGUUUUUGUUAGGCAUGGAUAGCCAGAUACAGCAGAAUGCCCACAAGCCGCAUUUUUAUCGCAGAGGGAACAUUUAUCUGUCCUGUGAUGAUGAUCGUGCUAUUGAUCUUGAAACGUGCCCAAGAUGCCAGAACCUGAGGCUUGUUUAUGAUUGCCCAGCUGAGGGUUGUCAUGGGAAAGAACAUGCGAAUCAGGUAUGCAGGGCAUGCACAAUUUGCAUACUACGGUGUUCUCAGUGUGGCUGUUGCAUUAAUGACAGUGAAUAUGAGGAAACGUUUUGUUUGGAGUUGCUUUGCUCCGAAUGUGGGAAACAACCACUGAAGUGUUAAGAGAGGCAGCAUGAUAGUUGGUACCUCUAACUGAUGGUCUCCAUGAACAGGGUUAUAGCUUCUGUCUUCAUGGCUAGAGACUGACACCUGCAUAUCUCUGCUGGUUGCACAUUAUGGAUGAGAUAUGUGGCAAGAUGGGUUAUCUGGACAGCUACCAAGAAAUGUAAGGUAGCUUAGAAUAGUAUGGUUCCAUUUCUUUCUGUCACUAUUGCCUUCUGAGUAACUAUGUCAGCCUAUGGGUGCGGUUGUGAACUUGGGUGGGAUGCGUUUGGUAUCAUCUGAGUUGGGGGUUUAUGUCUGUCGUUGAAAGGGAGGGAAAAGAAGAAAAAAAAUAAAAAAUAAAAAGAAAAUGUAAAUUAGGAAUGGAAGGAAUAUUCUGAAGAAAGUCUCCACCCACGUACACUGUCCAAGAUGAUGUAUCUUAUGUUAUUAGGUGAUUCUGCUGAAUAACACUCAUGGAUAUUCGAAAGUGUUAGGUGAGUUGGUGUAGAAGGGGGAUUUGACUAUUCAGCAUUCUGUGCUGGGAGUGCGAUGCUGUAGAGAACAGAGUGGAAGGUGUGUUCUAUGGUAUUGACUAUCAUUCCACAUAACUUGUACCCCGCACCGCUGAAGGAAGUAAUCAUGUAUCCGAUUCCUUGAAGUGGGCUGUACCUUGGUCUUGGGCAGGAUAUCUCCUCCUUGAGCUUAGGGAGUCUGAGAACUGUGCGCUUGUGGAGACAAUUAAUUUUUACCUUCUAUGGUUGUUGAUUGUUAUUUUACAUUACAGAUGGGCAUUGUUCUUUUUUUUUCUUCCUUUGGAGGAAGAUUCUUGUUGCCCUCAGUUAUGAAUGUCAAACCCUAUAAUAUGUUAGCUUUCCAUGCCAAAAAGUGCUGUUGUUUCUUCCAAACGUUGUUGUUAGAGCUUUUGGUAUGAUUUUAAGAAAUAAACUUGUCUAGUA